CCCAGCUCUCCCAGGGGCAGGUCUAUCGGAUCCAGGUGGCGCCCCAUGUCACGGUGCAGCAGGGCCUCUGCGUGCUGCUCCCCUGCCAUUUCACAGCCGAUUUCGAGUCCCCCGGGCCUCUCUACAAAUACUGGUUCCUUGAAGGCGCCGACAAAGAUCACGGUGUGCCUGUGGCCAGCACCAACCCGGACAGGCCCCCACAGGAGUCCAGGGGUCGGAUCCGCCUGGCUGGGGAGGCCGAGGACGACUGCUCCCUGAUCAUCAGCGACGUGCGGGCUGAUGACAGGAGGCGCUACUACUUCCGCUUCGAGAAGGGAGAGAGCAAAUACAGCUACCUGGAGUUCCAGCUGCUGGUGAACGUCACAGAGCUGAGGGACCAGCCAGUCCUGAGGGUCCCUGAGGUGCUGAAGCCCGGGCAGCCAGUGAAUGUGACCUGCCAGGCUCCGGGCACCUGCUCUGGGACCCCUCCUCAAAUUACCUGGACAGGAGGGUUCGACUCCGCGGCCAUGGACGUCUCAGAGCCCCAGGGGAAUGGCAGCGUCUCCUACAGCUCCGUGCUCCGCUUCACGCCCACCCUGGCGCACGAUGGCAAAGAGCUCGGCUGCACCGUCACGUACCCUGCGGUCGGGGUGUCCACCCGCCGAGCCCUCCGGCUCCACGUUGACUCCCAGCUCUCCCAGGGGCAGGUCUAUCGGAUCCAGGUGGCGCCCCAUGUCACGGUGCAGCAGGGCCUCUGCGUGCUGCUCCCCUGCAAUUUCACAGCCAAUUUCAAGUCCCCCGGGCCUGUCUACAAAUACUGGUUCCUCAGAGACACCAACUGGCACCGCAGUGUGCCCGUGGUCAGCACCAACCCGGACAGGCCCCCGAAGGAGCCCAGGGGUCGGAUCCGCCUGGCUGGGGAGGCCGAGGACGACUGCUCCCUGAUCAUCAGUGACGUGCGGGCUGACGACAGGAGGCGCUACUACUUCCGCUUCGAGAAGGGAGAGAGCAAAUACAGCUACCUGGAGUUCCAGCUGCUGGUGAACGUCACAGAGCUGAGGGACCAGCCAGUCCUGAGGGUCCCUGAGGUGCUGAAGCCCGGGCAGCCAGUGAAUGUGACCUGCCAGGCUCCAGGCACCUGCUCUGGGACCCCUCCCCAAAUCACCUGGACAGGAGGGUUCGACUCCACGGCCAUGGACGUCUCAGAGCCCCAGGGGAACGGCAGCGUCUCCUACAGCUCCGUGCUCCGCUUCACGCCCACCCUGGCGCACAAUGGCACAGAACUCGGCUGCACCGUCACGUACCCUGCGGUCGGGGUGUCCACCCGCCGAGCCCUCCGGCUCCACGUCGGCUACGCGCCGGAGCUGAGCGCGCCCGGGGGGGCGACCACAUGUUACUGUGCGGCCGAGGGGAACCCCCCACCCCACCUCCAGUGGCACCUGCCCAACCGCGCCGUCCCCGGAGACUUCGAGGGCCCUGAGCUGCGGGCCAAGUCCUGGGCACGAGGCCCGGCCGUGAGCGGGGAGCUGAGGGGCCCGGCCGGGGCCCUGACCAACGUGUCCUGCGCCGCCGCCAACGCCCACGGGCAGAGCCAGGCCGAGCUGCCCCUCGUGCCUGCAGGUGAUGGCAAUUUCCUGCUUAGAGUCUGCAGUGGAGUCAUUGGCGGCAUUUUACUCCUCUUGAUGCUGGUGAUCAUGGCCUGCAAGGAAAGACACAAAAGAGGGUCCUUCAAGCUACGACAACAGAGGCAAUGGGGAGAAGCCCAGCAAGGCGAAGAAAGAGGAGCAGUUCAACUAGUACAAGAGCUGAGCACUGAUGACUAUGAGAACAGAGAGCAAGUGGAAAAUGAUGAGAAUUUAGCAGAAGGAGGAGAUGGAGCAUAAUAGAGUAUUGGCAAUUGGCAGACACAUUUGCCAUCUGACCACGUCUACUCCAGUGUCUCACCCUAGAGCGGGAGUGGACGAGCUGACAGUGCUUCUAUUUAAGCAAGUGCUUGUAUCACCCCAUGCUUUCUUUUGAAAUCCUGAGAGCCAUCCUUACUGUUUUGCCCCAAGUCAAUGAUGGAUUUUACUGUAAAAUGUUUCAGAAUACAUGGAUCUGCUUUUGUACUUUCAGUGCAUUCACAGUGGCUUGAUUAUAUUAUAAUACUGAGGUUAACCUGCAAGACUCCCUGCCACUGGCUAUUAGCAUCUUUAAAUUCUGGAACCCCCUGCCAAUAGCUAUUAACAAGACUUCCCGCCAUGCUGUAUCAAUUGGACUUGUCUGCAUUCCUCCCUGCCUCUGGGAAUUAGAGGGGUUAACCCCUGGGAUUCCCUGCUUCUUGCUAUUUGGGGAGUUAGCCUGCAGGACUGCCUGCCACUGGGGAUCAGUAGAUUUAUCUCCGGAGGAGGGGAGCACUCAUAUCAGUGUUAAACCAAAGAACUCACAGCCACCACCCUCCCCAUGGUUUAUGAAAAUAGAUGUAUGAAUA